AGGACAGCCGCAGUUUCCCACUUACUUAGCUGCACUCCUCGCAUAGCCAUUGUAACCGCAGUGCUUGCUCCGAACACACGGAUGAAACCGCGAGUGCAGUGAAGUGAAAAACAUGUCUACUAAUUGGGUCCCGCCUAACAUAGCCGCGAUCUGCCCAGAACAGCAAGCACAACUCACGCAAUGUACCUCCACGGGAUAUCUGUUCCUUGCUCUGUUGUCUCAGCUCUACGGCGGCUCCAAAGACAACCAACACAAAGAUUUUUUAAGCUACUGGGAUGCUCCAAUCGGCAGUGAUCCAAUCAAAUUAGCACCGUACUAUGACAACCAAGAAAUUCCUCUAGGACCGCUUCCGCAGAAAUCUAUAGACACGAGUAUUCAUCCGAAAGAACCCAGUGAACAUUUGGUACACCAAUACUUUUUCCCUGAUAAGAUUAGUGCGCCUGAGAAAACCAGUACUAAGGUGGUUAGUCAUGGACCCGGUCGAAGUCGAGGUGUCUCCCAAGUAUCAACGUAUUUCCCAACGUUUGAUUUCGAGAAAUUUUAUGUGAAGUUCGACAAGGAUUAUGGUGCCGACCAAUUUGGUUUCGAUAGGCAGAAGAAGCGAGAACCCUUUUCGGGGUCUGCUUACUCGAAUCCUUACUCAUAUCGUCGUUCUGAUCACCACGAUGAUAGUGAUUUUGAGAAGAAGUUAUUUUCGGAUACGGAGCCUGCGGAUUCUGCAAAAGUUUCUGUGAAAGCUGAGAAGAAGAUGGGUGCUAGAAGUCGUAAGAAGCGUCAGCAGGUUGAGACGUAUGAUUUCAUCGUGGUCGGUGCUGGCUCCGCUGGGUGCGUGGUUGCUAAUCGCCUGUCAGAAGUUAAGCAAUGGAAGGUCCUGCUAAUAGAAGCCGGCCCCGAAGAACCCGAGGUUACCAGCGUCCCGGCCUUCGCCCCUGCGUUAGGCAGGUCUAGCAUCGACUGGAACUAUAGAACACAGCCUGAGGAGAUGACCUGCAGAGCGCAGAGGGGUCAAACUUGCGCGUGGUUGAGAGGGAAGACUAUGGGAGGAUCGAGUGCCAUAAACUAUAUGAUAUACAUGAGAGGUAACAGGAGAGAUUACGACAGCUGGGAGGAGCUGGGCAACCAUGGGUGGAGUUAUAGAGAGGUGCUGCCGUACUUCAAGAAAGCAGAAAACAAUAGAGACGUCGAAGCCCAUGAUACUCACUACCACGCAACUGGAGGCCCUAUAAACGUAGAGCGUUUCAAAUACUUAGAUAUCAACUCUUUGAUGUUAGUAGAAGCCUUCAAAGAAAAAGGCUUACCAAUCACUGAUUUCAACGGCGAGAAUCAAUUAGGAACAGACAUAGCCCAAACAACAACAAAACAAGGUCAAAGAAAUUCCGCCAACAAAGCUUACAUAUCCCCAAUAAGACAUAAAAGACCAAACAUUCACAUAAUAACCAAUGCUUUCGCAACUAAAGUCCUCAUUGACCCCAUCACAAAGGAAACAUAUGGAGUUGAAUACGUAAAGAAUGGAGAAAUAUUCGCAGCUCAUGCAGAUAAAGAAGUCAUUCUAAGCGGUGGCACAAUUAAUUCACCAAAACUGCUGAUGUUAUCUGGCAUUGGACCAAAAUAUCACUUAAAGAGCCUUAAUAUUCCCGUGCUAUCUGAAUUAAGUGUGGGCAGUAAUCUGCAGGAUCACAUUACGACCGAUGCUUUAACUUUGGCGCUUUCAAAUAAAACAUCAACAGCUGUGAGUGGAGAACAACUAAUGAAUGAAAUUCACAAGUUCCAUGACCAAUCUUUGCCUAAAAAUGGACCUUUAGCUUCCACUGGAACACUGACUGGCACUGCUUUCAUGAGCACAUAUUAUCAUGAUGAUGUUCCAAAUAUGCAAUUUCAUUUCGAUGGAAGAAACGUCAAAGACUUUUAUGCUGACCCAACUACAUACUUGGCCACAAAUAUAUUUCCUUUAGCGUUCUAUGAUGGGUUAUCGGCUAGACCUUUACUAUUGACUCCUAAAAGCAGAGGAUUCAUUUUGCUGAAUACCACAGAUCCAGUAUUUGGACCACCAUUGAUUUACUCAAGAUUUUUCACUGAAAGGGAAGAUAUGGAAGCAUUGAUUGAUGGCUUGAAAUUCGUUGUGAGUUUAGAAGAAACUGAAGCAUUUAGAGCGAGUGGGGCUAGAUACGUUAGAGUACCAGUUCAGGCUUGUUCAGAUUAUAUUUGGGGAACAGAUGAGUACUAUACGUGUAUUCUUAUUCAGUACACUGCCACUAUCUUUCAUCCUGUGGGAACUUGCAAGAUGGGUCCUAAGUGGGACAAAGAAGCCGUAGUAGACCCAAGAUUAAGAGUCUAUGGUAUUGAGAAACUUAGAGUAGUGGAUGCUUCCAUUAUGCCAUUGAUUGUUAGAGGUAAUACAAAUGCUCCAACAAUAAUGAUUGCUGAAAAGGCUUCAGACAUGAUAAAAGAGGAAUGGUUAUAAUUGUAUUAGGACCUAACUAUUUAAUAGGAUAUUAUUAGUUUACUUUCAGUUCCAUGCAAAAAGAAGUCAAUGUGAACCAAUUUGAAAUAAGUAUGUAUAAGGACAGAGCUUUCCUCCAACUGAAAAAGUGUUUUUUGCCAAUUAAGGUUAAAACUAUUGGGAGAGACAAAGGCAACCACGGGGUUUUCAAUAUCACUGCAAAACAAUACUUCAUAGCAUCACUCAAAAGUUAUAAAAAAAUAAUGCAAAAAUGAACUCUAUUGACUUUCAAGGCCACUUCAGAUACCAGUGACCCCCAAAAUGUUAUAAUUUGCAUUAUUUUCCAGCAUUCAAAGUUUUAAGCCAUCAAAAAGAUCUGUAUCGCAAAACAUUGCAAUUAAACGAAACUUAUUACAAUAAUUACGUUAAGUAGGUUUAAUGUAAAUAAUUGUAUAUAAGCGUUUUAUUUUAUAUCGAAACCAAAAAGUGUUUUUAUUUUAGUUUUGUAAGUAGUCGUAAAGAGCUUUU